AUGUCUAGUGGAACGGAGGUUUCCACUUCUCUUAAUGGUCCGGUGAAGGAUGUCGAAUGGUACCGCCAGCUUUGGUGGAAAACUGGUAACAUACAUCCCAAAGCCAAAUGGGAAGAAGCAACGUUACCAUACAAACUAAAGACUGAUGUAUCGCUUGAUGAGUAUAUUUUUCAGACAGAUAAACAUAAUGUGAAGGGUCUUUGGGAAUGGGAAAAUAGAACCGUUCGUGUUAUCGAACUUUCUUCAAGAUUUCAUGAGAUUUGCGUCGGUACAAUUAAUGGAGAAUUGUAUAGUGCGCUUCGAUUAGUACAAAACACUUUUUCUGGCUUUCUUUUUCUUGGUGCGACAACAACAAACUCACAUAGAUCAGGCAAAGAAGCAGAUGGGUCUAUCAUACCUGUAGGAAAACCUCAAGUGCCCCAUGGUGGAUCUGAUGGAGGGAAUAAACCCUGGCCCAGUCUUGUAAUAGAGGUCGCUUAUGCUGUAACUGAGGCAGAACUUAAGAGGAAAAUAGAGACUUACUGGCUUGCUCCUAAUAGAGCUCACGAUGUAAUUGGCAUCAAGUUAAACUAUACACUGAAUGUGCGUCCAAUGGAGAUGACUGCUUGGCAUUAUUGCAGAAAUAAUCUAACACCCAUUGGUACAUUUGCCCCCAUCAUGUAUGAAUUCGGCAUGGUUGACCGUCAAGGCAAUCCCAUCAACAUUGUACCAGGGCAAUGCAUGAUCAAUAUCCCAUUGAGAUGCCUUUAUGAUGGGAUGCCACCUACCUUUAUGAUUCCAUCACCCCCUCUACCUGACCCUAUUCCUUUUGAUCUCUUUCAUGUUCAGUGGGCUGUUUUAAAUUACCCAAAGGGUCAUGAUUUGAAAAAUCACCUAACAGCUUGCUCUACAAUAAAGCCCUAA